AUGUUAGCUCUCUCUCCGGCGAGGAACGCGACGAGAGAUGAUUGCUGCGAUGGAGAGUCAGAGUUCUUUGCGACGUCGUGUGGAUUCACCAUCGACGGGGAGGAGGACUUCCCGGAGUUCGCUGACCACGGCGAUCUCCUCGACAUCAUCGACUUUGACGAUCUAUUCGGCGUCGCCGGGGACGUUCUUCCUGACUUGGAGAUCGACUCCGAGAUCUUAGCCGGAGAUUUCUCUGACCACAUGAACGCUUCGUCGACGAUUACUACCACGUCGUCGUCGGAGAAGACUGAUAGUCAAGGGGAAGCUAAUAAGGGUGUUUCGGGAAAAGGUGAAGAGGUCGUCAGCAAAAGAGACGAAGACGAGACGGGGAACUAUGACGGCAACAGUGACCGGAAAAGGAGAUACUCCUCAUCUGGCUCUUCCAAGAACAAUCGGAUAAGUAACAACGAAGGGAAGCGAAAGGUGAAGGUGGAUUGGACACCAGAACUGCACAGGAGGUUCGUGGAGGCAGUGGAACAGCUUGGAGUGGAGAAAGCUGUUCCUUCUCGAAUUCUGGAGCUUAUGGGAGUCCACUGUCUCACUCGUCACAACGUCGCUAGUCACCUCCAAAAAUAUAGGUCUCACCGGAAACACUUACUAGCUCGUGAGGCUGAAGCGGCUAAUUGGACACGCAAACGCCACAUCUACGGGUUAGACAAUACCGGAGCUAAUAUUAAUGGCCGGAAUAAAAAUGGUUGGCUCGCACCAGCACCCACUAUCGGUUUUCCACCGCAUCCGCCCCUAGCUGUCACGCCUCAACCUGUCCACCACCAUUUUAGACCGUUGCACGUGUGGGGACAUCCCACGGUUGACCAGUCCGUCAUGCCGCACGUGUGGCCCAAACACUUACCUCCACCGUCUACUGCCAUGGCUACUCCACCGUUUUGGCUCUCCGAUUCUCCCUACUGGCCUAGAAUUCAUAACGGGACGACUCCGUAUUUGCCGACCGUAGCAGCGAGGUUUAGAGUACCGCCGGCUGCCGGAAUCCCGCAGGCUCUGCCGCCGCAUCACACGGUGUACAAACUAAAUCAUGGCUUCAAUGGGGUUCGUCCUCCGGUGGACUUACAUCCGUCAAAAGAGAGCGUAGAUGCAGCCAUAGGAGAUGUAUUGACGAGGCCAUGGCUGCCACUUCCGCUGGGACUGAAGCCACCGGCUGUUGACGGCGUUAUGACGGAGCUUCACCGUCACGGUGUCUCCGAGGUUCCUCCAACGACGCCUUGUGCAUGA